AUGUUGGAUAUCAACCAGUUUAUUGAAGAGAAAGGUGGUAACCCUGAGCUGAUCAGACAGUCUCAGAAGGCUAGAUAUGCCAGUGUUGAGUUAGUUGAUGAGAUUAUUGCUGACUACAAGGACUGGGUCAAGACGAGGUUUGAGCUGGAUGAGUUGAACAAGAAGCUGAACAAGUUGCAGAAGGACAUCGGUAUGAAGUUCAAGGCCAAGGAGGAUGCUAGCGAGCUCUUGGCUGAGAAGGACAAGCUGAGCGAGGAGAAGAAGCAAUUGAUCGAGAAGGAGCAGAAGGAGGACAAGGAUCUGAGACAGAAGGUGAAUCAGAUUGGUAACAUUGUCCACCCAUCUGUGGUUGUCUCUAAUGAUGAGGAGAACAACGAGCUGGUCCGUACUUGGAAGCCAGAGGGCUUGGCUGAUGUCGGCCCAGUUGCCUCCGUUACUGGUAAGCCAGCCGCUUUGUCUCACCACGAGAUCUUGCUAAGACUGGACGGUUACGACCCAGAGCGUGGUGUUAAGAUCUCUGGCCACAGAGGUUACUUCUUCAGAAACUACGGUGUCUUCUUGAACCAGGCUUUGAUCAACUACGGUCUGCACUUCUUGGCCAGCAAGGGUUACAUCCCAUUGCAAGCCCCAGUCAUGAUGAACAAAGAAGUUAUGGCCAAGACCGCCCAAUUGUCCCAAUUCGACGAAGAACUAUACAAGGUCAUCGAUGGUGAAGACGAGAAGUACUUGAUUGCUACUUCUGAACAGCCAAUCUCUGCUUACCACAGCGGUGAAUGGUUUGAGAAGCCACAGGAACAACUGCCAAUCCGUUACGUUGGUUACUCCUCCUGUUUCCGUAGAGAAGCCGGUUCUCACGGUAAGGACGCUUGGGGUGUUUUCAGAGUCCACGCCUUCGAGAAGAUUGAACAGUUCUGUAUAACCGAACCAGAGAAGUCCUGGGAAGAGUUCGACAGAAUGAUCGCUAACUCCGAAGAAUUCUACCAAUCCUUGAAACUUCCAUACCGUGUUGUUGGUAUCGUCUCCGGUGAAUUGAACAACGCCGCUGCCAAGAAGUACGAUCUAGAGGCUUGGUUCCCAUACCAAAAGGAAUACAAGGAAUUGGUUUCCUGCUCCAACUGUACUGACUACCAAUCCAGAAACUUGGAAAUCAGAAGUGGUAUCAAGAAGAUGAACGACAGAGAGAAGAAGUACGUCCACUGUUUGAACUCCACCUUGGCUGCUACCCAAAGGGCCCUAUGUUGUGUUCUUGAAAACUACCAAACCGAGGAUGGUUUGAUUGUUCCAGAAGUCUUGAGAAAGUACAUCCCAGGUGAACCAGAAUUCUUGCCAUUCGUUAAGGAACUACCAAAGAACUCCACCUCCAACAAGAAGAAAUAA